AUGGCUCCCAAAAGACUUAAGAAGAUGCUCUUUUUCACAAUGGCUCUGGUCUCCAUUGUUUUCUGUUUUCUUAUCAAAUUAAUUUCUGAUGGCAUUUGGAUAUUCUGUCAGAGAAAAAGUGAGGUUGGUUUCUUUAAGAGAGACACUGGAAACUUCCUUCAGCUGCCUCUUACAGAUUGUAGUAGGAACCCCCCAUUCCUGGUGAUACUUGUAACCUCAUCUCAUACACAAUCCAAAGCCCGGAUGGCCAUUCGUGAGACAUGGGGCAAAGAAAGACUGAUAGAGAAGAAACGUAUUGUGACCUAUUUUCUUCUGGGAACUACUAUGAACCAUGACGAUCAAAUUGCUAUUACAGCUGAAAGCCUAAAAUAUGGAGAUAUUAUCCAGAAGGAUUUUACAGAUACCUACUACAACCUAACACGAAAGACCAUGAUGGGCAUUGAAUGGUUUCAUAAAUUCUGUCCACAGUCCAGCUUUGUGAUGAAAACAGACUCUGAUGUAUUUGUGAAUACUUACUAUCUGACAGAACUCCUGCUAAAGAAAAACAGAAGUACUAGACUAUUUACUGGUUUUUUAAAAUUGAAUGAGCGUCCAAUACGGAAUAUAUUCAGCAAGUGGUAUGUGAGCAAAGAAGAAUAUCCAGCAAACACAUAUCCUCCGUUUUGUUCAGGGACAGGUUAUGUUUUCUCAACAGAUGUUGCCAGUCAGGUGUAUAACAUUUCUGAAAAUGUCCUUUUUGUUAAACUGGAGGAUGUUUUCAUAGGACUGUGCCUUGCUGAGCUCAAUAUCGAACUUGAAGAACUCGAUUCAAAGCAAACAAUCUUCCCAGAUGGGCUCACCUUUUCACCCUGCUCCUUUAAGAAAAUUGUGGCAACCCAUUCUGUAAAACCUCGGGAGUUGCUCAACUAUUGGAAUGCAAUAGAGAAGUCAAUGAAUGAAAAGUGCCGAAGUAGUUUUUGGGUUUUUUUUAAUCGGGUCAGAAGCAAAUUGAGUAGUGAUUAUCCUUGACCAUCACCACCAUACCAGUGUAAACACAGUACUCGAAACAUGCAGGAAAAUAUAAAAGUUUGAAUCGAGGAAUCUUUGGUUUGAGGCUAAUUUAAAAAUAUAUUUAGUUUAGGGGUGUUGGCAGUAGUAUUUUUGGAGGGAGGUGGGUGGUAAAAGUCACAUCCUUAGCAGUUUUUCCUUAGAAACAAAGCUCACUACGUGUAAUCGGUUAUAUAGAUUUAUUUUUAGUAUGUUUUAUCAGGGUUUUUGUAUUUUAUGAUGUCUUUAUUUUUUGCUAUUUUGUAUAUUAAGUUACAGUUAGGUGGUUCUAUAUUGUCUAAUGUGUUUUGCCUUGAUGUAAAUUGUAUUGUUUUGUUUUUGGCAUUGAAUGUUUGCCAUAAUUGUUGGAAACUGCCCGGAGUCACUUCGGGGAGAUAGUGUUGUCUAUAAAUAACGUUGUUGUUGUUGU